AUGGCCGACAAAGACACCACCGUCCAUACGGGCGAGGGCACGCGAUCCAUCGACAUGGACACGCCGUCCUACACCGGCGCCCACGCCGUCCCGGCCCGCCCUGCUGGCUGGAUGUACAAGGGCUUCAAGAUCGGCAACACGGAGAUCUGGUACGCAUCGCCAAAGGUCCAGCUUCUCAUGGUGUCGAUCGUGUGCUUCCUGUGCCCCGGUCUGUACAACGCCUUGGGUGGCAUUGGUGGUGGUGGACAGCUCAACGCCAAGAUCCAAGACCACGCCUCGACAGCCACCUACUCCGUCUUCGCUUUUGUCGGUUUCUUCUCCGGCUCGUUUGCGAACAAGCUCGGUAUCAAGAUUACUCUAGCUAUCGGUGGUAUUGGCUACUCGCUCUACUCGGCUAGUUUCCUGUGCUACAACCACACUCAGAACGAGGGCUUCGUCAUCUUUGCCGGUGCUUUCCUGGGUCUUUGCGCUGGCCUGCUGUGGACUGCGCAAGGUGCUAUCAUGAUGUCGUACCCGCCCGAGAAGUCCAAGGGUCAGUACAUCAGUUGGUUCUGGAUCAUCUUCAACCUCGGAGGUGUCAUAGGUGCCAUCAUCGUUCUGGCCCAGAACAUCCACAACGACACCGGCACCGUCAAUGACGGCACCUACGUCGCUUUCAUCGUUCUCAUGUUGGCCGGCGCUGCUCUCGCCAUGUUCCUCUGCAACGCCGACAAGGUCAUUCGGGAUGACGGUUCAAAGGUCAUCAUCAUGAAGAACCCCACGUGGAAGUCCGAGUUCAUUGGUCUCUGGGAGUGCAUCUCCCUCUCCCCCUGGGUCGUUGCUCUCUUCCCCAUGUUCUUCGCCUCCAACAUCUUCUACACCUACCAGCAGAACGGUGUUAACCAGGCGCACUUCAACCUUCGAACACGCUCCCUGAACUCGCUGUUAUACUGGCUCUCCCAGAUCCUGGGUGCUAUUGUCUUUGGAUACGCUCUUGACUUUACCAAGGCCCGUCGAUCUGUCCGUGCCAAGGGUUCCCUGGCUAUGCUCUUUGUUCUUACCUUUGCUAUUUGGGGAGGCGGAUACGCUUUCCAGAAGAAGCAAGAUUCUCGAUCACUCACAAGCCAGGCAUCGUACGAGCCUGAGAAGAUGGACUGGACUAGUCCCGGCUUUAUCGGACCCAUGUUCCUCUACUUCUUCUACGGCUUCUACGAUGCCUGCUGGCAAACAAGCGUCUACUGGUACAUGGGAGCUCUGUCAAACUCGGGGCGGAGGGUUGCCAACCUAGCUGGCUUCUACAAAGGUAUCCAAUCUGCCGGUGCCGCCAUCUUCUGGCGGUUGGACGGGCUGGGUACUUCUUACGACACCCUGUUUGCCGUGACCUGGGCUAUUUGCGCUGCUUCCCUCCUUAUUGCGGCGCCCGUCAUCGUCUGGCAGAUCAAGGACACGACGGAGAUCGAACAGGAUCUGAAAUUUAGCGACGAGACCAUCGAGGACGUCGCGCCACCUGCGGUUCUCGAUGAGAAGCGCGCUCAUGACCCUACCGUUUGA